CGUCGCCCGGCCGCGCGCUCGGGAGGCUCAGGCGGCCGCGCGGCGGGGCGGGGCAUUGCGCCGAGCCGGUCUGCCUGCGUCCGCUCGUCCGACGGCCAAGGGUGGGCGCAGGUCCUUGAAGGCACACCGCUGCGAACCGGACAAAAAGAAACUUUUGGGUCCCCGGAGUGCCGGCUGGCGGGGCGUUCGGUCGGCUUUUCGUGCGUGGUCUUGAGGCUCAGCCGCUCCAGGAAGCGCGAUGUCGAAGCCGCCACCCAAACCGGUCAAACCAGGGCAAGUUAAAGUGUUCCGAGCUCUUUACACGUUUGAACCUAGAACUCCAGAUGAAUUGUACUUUGAGGAAGGUGAUAUUAUCUACAUUACUGACAUGAGUGAUACGAAUUGGUGGAAAGGUACCUCCAAAGGCAGGACUGGACUCAUCCCAAGCAACUAUGUGGCCGAGCAGGCAGAAUCCAUUGACAAUCCAUUGCAUGAAGCCGCAAAGAGAGGCAACCUGAGCUGGUUGAGAGAGUGUUUGGACAACCGAGUCGGUGUUAAUGGUUUGGACAAAGCUGGAAGCACCGCCCUCUACUGGGCCUGCCACGGGGGGCAUAAAGACAUAGUGGAAGUGCUGUUUACUCAACCAAACAUUGAACUGAACCAACAGAACAAGUUGGGAGACACAGCUUUGCAUGCUGCUGCCUGGAAGGGUUAUGCUGAUAUUGUCCAGUUGCUUCUGGAAAAAGGUGCGAGAACAGACUUAAGAAACAAUGAGAAGAAGCUGGCCCUGGACAUGGCUACGAAUGCCGCCUGCGCAUCUCUCCUGAAAAAGAAACAGGGCACAGAUGCUGUUCGAACAUUAAGCAAUGCUGAGGAGUAUCUUGAUGAUGAAGACUCCGAUUAAUUCCCUUCUGGAGCUUCGAGAUCUAAAACGUCUGUUGUUUUUGCCAUUCCAAAACCUUUGUCUUUGCCAGAAGAGUGUUGGUAACUGUUUUUUGUCUUUUUUUUAAGUCUUUAUGAACAUGGGAGUAUUGCACUGUGUGUGAGUAGAAUGUGUAAAUGGGUAGGUUUUCACCUUCAGUUUGCCGAUAAGUGACUGGAUACUUUGCUGUAUAAAGUACAUUUUUGUUCACUAGAGUAGAACAAGAAGAGAUUAUUUCUAUUUAUCAAGUUAAAGGAAUUAAAAAAGUUUUUUUCCUUAAAAAAAAUCAGAAUUUUUUUUUUUUGUUUUGUUUCGUUCUUUACCUCAAGGAUUGAAAUAUUUUGAAUGGAUUUUUCAAGGGGGAAAUACUUGUUAUAAUAAUGAACCAAAAGACUUAACAGAAAAUCGUCAGCUAUUCUGACAAAAAUAAACAUUUUAAGAGACUGUG